CAUCCAGCCAUUUGUGUCCUUCUAACACAUGUCUUUGGGUUUUAGUCUCCGUUUCUGUGUCUGAAUCAAAAGACGACAAACAAAACUCUCCAACUCUUGUCAUUCUCAACACUGACGCGCCACGGUGACGCGUCUCCCAACAUUAAUAUUCGUGAGGCCAUCGGGAUGAUAAACAUUAAAUCCAAGAAACAACCGAAGCUUUACUUACCGUCAACAAUGACCCACCUCCGUCAUACGUUUCACAGCAUCAUCUCCCAUGCAGUAUAGUUGGCAAGAGGAAGCCGUUAAGUAAACUAUUGAAGUAUUAUGGCUGGCCGAACUUCAAGCUUGACAGCUGUGGUCCUGGGUGCGUUCCUGGUGAUGACUGCAGUUGGGGAGAGACCAGAGGAGCAGCAGCAACAGGAGCGUCACUCACCCUCCAGCAAGUCAGCGCUCUCUAAUAAGUUUGUUGGUGUUACAAGCAAAUGUUCCCGUGGAUCACUUACAGUGGAAGUACGAACAGAAGAAUCAUUCUCUGGGUCAGUGUAUGCUCGCGGCUACCCCAGCAGGUGUCGGGUCAUGGGCACGGGCACCACCAUCACCUCUCUCACUGUCCCUGCUCAGAAGUGUGGGGUCAAAGUCAUAGAUGACGAGCUUGGACACCACACCUACGAACUCCUGGUGUACAUACAGUUUGACAAGUGGGUGCAGCAGGUAAUCGACGAGCAGGUCCACAUACGCUGUAAGCUGGACCGUAAUGCAGGAGAACUGCAGGCUGCUGCACAGAUGAGUGUUGUUAACAAGGAUGCUCUCACAGGCAAUGAAAGGAGAGCUGGCCGCACCAAGGAUAAAAACAACUCUAUUGCAGCUAUUGUGACUGCUGCUUCUUCAAACAGGGCAUUCUCAUCCUCAUCUUCCAGUCGAGGCACGAGCCUUACCACCAGUAGUGUUGGGACGAAGCAGGGUCACCUAGUCUCCCAACGGCAUAAGAACCUGUCCCUCAGGAACCGGGCCCAAGGCGACCCCAUGAAGGACUGGCAACCCGUCAGCACUCCCCCAGAGCUGCUCCUCUGGCAAAGCCAGCGGCCGGAAGGAAACUUGGAGCCCGUGUCAUGCUGGAUGGAUAUUGUUGCUGGCAAGAACAUGGAUGGAAAACCCGUGCUGGAUUUCCUACUGGUUGGUGACGACACCACCAUGGUGCUCAAAGUGCGCCAGAGUCCAGGUCUUGACACCCGUAUUACCUCUUGUGUUGCUCAUGAUGGCUCUGGCGACCAGAGCCAGGAACUCAUUGAUGAACAUGGAUGUGCCAUUGAUGACGACAUCAUGCCGCCUCUCAGAAUCAAGAACAACCUACGGACGGGGGUGAAGGUGGCCUAUGCGUCCUUUAAGGCCUUCAAGUUCCCAGAUCGUGACAACCUCCACCUCCGAUGCGUUGUCCUGGUCUGUCUGGGUUCCUGCAGUCUGCCUGUGUGUGGACGGACAACCAACCGUGUGGGUAGACGGCUAGGUGGACCAGGUGAGGGCAGCAUCCAGCCCAUACUAGACAUAGAGGAGGCCCAACCAGCACAACUCAAGGGAAGUCGUGGUAAUGACAGGGCUCUGGCAAGCAGGUUGCUGGACCGGGUGGAAGUUUUCAACUCGGUGGAAGUGCGAGCUCCAGGUAUAGAGAGCCAACCAGACUUGGUGAAGCAGUACCGCAUAGACCGUGAACCAACUGACUCCGUCGACUUCUUCAGCGAUGAAAACAUGUUCUGUGUGACACCCUACAAGAUGAUCCUGGCAUUUGGUGUGUUGCUGGCAGUGCUACUACUGGCACUGCUCUCCACCUUCUACUCGUGUGUUAAGGCCAGGGUCACCAAGGCACGCUUGCGACCACCUCAACCUGUCGAGGUCCAUCGACACUCUCCUGUUACCAGCCCCUACUACAGGUUUGCUCACUAAGAGCUCCCAGACCUUAUCUCUCCUAAGAGCUAAGAUUCUUCAGCUGUGAGGCUUCAUAAUUGUCUCCAUGAUCUGCUGCUUCUUUGUACAGUUGAAUCAUGCCUGCAAAUACUGUAUCUCACAGAUUUAUUCUGAAGAGGUUAAAAUUUGAUGAGAAUAGGCUAUGUAUAUAUUUAUGAAAGAGCUCUGUGAUGUAUUGCUAUGAUUUGUGUUGCACAGGUGCAGAACUGUUGUGUUGCACAGGUACAGGAUUGUCGGUACACUGUAUUUAUGGUGCACGGGUGCGUGAUUGCUAUGACUUGUGCUGCACAGUCCUAGUAUUUUAAUAUAUAGUACCAUGAAAGUGAAGCUCUGCUCUCCUGUACCUGUGACCAAAAAUGUGUUAAUUUGUAUAGUUUUAAAUGUUAUUGGGCAUUACUUAAUAAAUAGGUUUUUUAUUUAUAAAACAUUCUAAAGGCAUAUUUAGUGAUAAAUUAGUGGAAAUUACGGUUUAAAGCCUGAAUAUUUGAAAAGAUAGGAGUAAUGUCCACAAGUACUUUGAUUACCAUUGAGUAAUGAGGAAUUGGAAGCUGUGUCCGGAGGGAAGGUAUUAAUACCUGCUUGAGACGGUACAUCUUGUCCCAUAUUCUCAUUUGGAAUGACUUCUACAACUCAGGAUCCUGUUUAAUAUUUAACACACUUAAAUAAUAACUAAAUGCUAGCAGGCUGGGUCCUGUUAAAUAGUAGCAGCUUGACUCCUGGUGAAAUGCUCUCUAAAACGCACAAGCUUAUAAAACUAUGCUACAGGUGACAGUUCUAAUGCAUGCCAAAAGGCAGUCUUGGUGCAUGCUAGCAGACAGGGUGUAAUGCUAGCAAUAUAUUAAUUGUAUGCUAGCAGACAGGACUUUGUACUUGAUUCCAAGCAGAGUUUUGGCCUACGUAGUUAUUCAAAUGCGGCAGCCUAUUUGAAGGUAGCCAAGGGCCAAGCAUUUGCUAGCAUGCAAGAUCCUAAUUUAUACCACAAGCAAGGCCCUAAUGUAUCUUAGCAGCCAGACACAUUAUAUAAAGUUACAAUUCUAGUACUGUACAUGCUAGUACCAGAUAGCAUCCUAGGAUGUGCUUGCAAGGUUGGGGGGCCUGUCUAAUUUGAUGCUGGGUGUAGAGAAUCACUAUAUAUUUAUCAAACUUGAUUAAAUGUUUGAUAAAUGGUUGCCCAUCUCUGUAAAUCCUUCAAGAGGAACACAUCUUGGGCUACAAGUCGAGGCCAUGAUGCCACCUUUAUAAAGGAUGCUUACCCUAACUGGGGAGAUGUGUAACUGGUAUAGGUUUGUAUCAACACUGCAGAGUAAUAAUGUGUAUAUUAUUGUACAUACUUUUUUGUAAAUGAGUUUCUUGUUAUCCACACCAGACCUUAGUACAGAACAUGUUUACAUGGGCCUCCAGUUCAAAUUUUGUCAAUGAUAAUAUGUAUCCAGUCUCCAUUGUCCCACGUCACUUGACACUUCGAUCAUUGUGACAUGGAUGACUCUCAUAAGAUGUAAUCUUCAAUGUAUUUUCAUUUAAUUGGCCAAGUUAGUAAUAGGUGGGUCUUAAAUUGACCUGAUAAUGGUCCAGGAUGGACCAAAAUGUUGUCGCUUCUCCAUCUUCUGAGUUGUGGUUUGGUCAUCAUUUUUUAUUAAUACAGCUGUAUACAGGUUAGUGAAGAGAUUAUAAAAAACAGUUGAGGUAAAUGAUGGAAUUAAUGCAUUGCCAUUUACAAAAGGAUUUAUCAUUAUCUUCAUAAUUCACAAUACAUUACAUUAUCUUAAUACAUUUAUCAUUAUCUUCACAAUUCAUAUGGGUUCAGCAGGUAAUGCACGACAGUAUGUUCAAUGUGUACACCACUGUUCACCAAGAGUGUACCAGUGAUUGUGAAUAAAUAUGUUUACCAUGAGCUUACUAAUUAAUGAACACCAAAGGCAUCUGCCUCGUUUUACUUGAUGCAUUACAUACUCUCUGCCAUAGACUGGCACCAUUUAUGGGGUUAUUGUAUUAUGUUCUCUCUCUUAUGCUCAGGGAAGAUUGGCACACACACACACACACACACACACACACACACACACACACACACACACACACACACACACACACACACACACACACACACACACACACA